UUUAACAGGGUGACGAUAUUGUACUGAUAUUAGUUACAACUCUCAUAUUUCCGAUAACUUUGAAGGCAGCACGACUUCUGGUCACCAUAGCAACAGGACGCUAUGCGACCAUAGCAGUUGUUGCUCUUUCCUACUCUUCACCUUUUGUUAGUUUGAACAUUUCCUUUUAACCGCUGGUUCUACGUCGCUGCUGACACAAUCACGAAAAGAUAGCUGUGGCGGAAAAAUGCCGUUGAUAGUCACAGACUACUCUUGGACACAGACAGACUCGACAGUUUGCAUCUGUGUGCCGUUAAAAGGAGCGAAAGACUGUAAAGUGGACAUCCUGUCUACUGACGAAUACCUCAAGGUGCAUUUCCCUCCAUAUUUGUUUGAAGCCUUCCUGUUUGAACCUGUUGAUGAUGACAGAAGUACAGCAAAGGUUGGAAACGGAGUUGCAGUCAUCAGUUUGCAAAAGAGGACCAAUAAAGUAUGGAAGCACCUGAUGAUAACUUCAUAUGAUAAAGAAAAAAAGAAGGAGGUCAGAGAAAGGGCUCUGUUGGAAUACCAGGAAAAGCUUUCUUCAGAGUCCAGGUCCAAGGCGGAAAGACGGCAUGCAGUGAAAAAAUAUACACUGGAGACAAUGAUGAAGCUUGAAAAGAAGGAAAGAGACUGUAUCCAGAAAAUGAAGAGUGAUGAGCAAGAGAAAACCACAGCAGAAUUGGCAGCAUGGCAACUGAGACAGAAACAAAAAGCGGAGGAAGAAGCUAAACUAAAACUCCAAAGUCAGAGAGACAAUCACAACAAACAGAAAGCGAUGACAGGGAUGCAGAAAAACGGAUGUUCAGAUGGUAAAGAGGUCAAACUGCAUCAAGGAGGCAUCGUUGAGGCUAAGAGUAAGAGAAAACAAGUGUUCCUGCCUGCUCCGAGACUUGGUGGAAACAUUCAAGUCACAUUUACCCCGCGAGUUUUCCCGACAGCCCUCAGGGAAUCACGAGUACCAGAGGAGAACGAGUGGCUUGAGAAACAAGCUGAAGCCAGGCGUUCAUCAAAAGCAGAUGUUGAAGAGCUUACAGAUUUGAAAGAGGAGGAGAGGAACCCUGACUGGUUAAAGGACAAAGGAGACAAAUGUUUUGCAACUGGGGACUACCUGGGUGCAGUGAAUGCCUACAGCCUGGCUAUCAGGCUCAACACAAAGAUCCCAGCUCUGUAUUCAAACAGGGCUGCUUGUCAUCUGAAGUUAAAAAAUCUCCACAAGGCCAUCGAGGAUUCCUCUCAGGCACUUGAUCUGUUGACUCCCCCAGUUGCCGCCAAUGCAGCUGCCAGAGCCAGAGCCAGUGUCCGCCGAGGAUUUGCCCUCUGCCAGCUACAACUCUAUGCAGAAGGGCUACAAGACUAUCAAGCUGCUCUCAAGAUUGACCCUCACAAUGAAGCGCUGCAGGCAGACACACAACGAAUCAGAGACAUCAUUCAAGGCACUGCAGCUAAUCCUGAGACACAGUGAAAACAAAAAAAAAAUGCACACAUUAUAUAUGCCUUUUUGUAUUUUUUUUUGUUAUUUAUCUGUUCAGACCUGAAACAUCAUCACAAAGUGUUGUAGUGUCAGUGUUAUUUACUGACUAUAAUAACAUGUACAGUGCAUGAAUAUAAAUGUGCAAGUUAGAAUUGAUGGAAUUAAUUAUGUUCACCAGUAU